GUGCCCCAACCAAAAUGGCGCUGUGCUGUGCUAUCAGUAAUGAUGUUCCUGAGCAACCUGUUAUAUCACCAGUAUCUGGACACAUCUAUGAGCGACGACUCAUUGAAAAAUACAUAAAAGAAAAUGGCUCUGAUCCAAUGAAUGGGGAGAAGCUGGGAAUAGAAAUGCUUGUUGAAGUCAAAGCAUCACCUCUGGUGAAGCCCAGACCACCCUCUGCCACAAGUAUACCUGCUAUACUCAAAGCACUGCAGGAUGAAUGGGAUGCUGUAAUGUUACACAGUUUUACACUGCGACAACAGCUACAGACAGCCAGACAAGAAUUGUCCCAUGCACUUUAUCAGCAUGAUGCUGCUUGUCGUGUGAUUGCUCGUCUCACCAAAGAAGUCACAGCUGCCAGAGAAGCAUUGGCUACCCUCAAGCCCCAGGCAGGCAUCACAGCUGGUGCUUAUGCUGCUCCAGCACCACAACCAACGUAUGGUGCGGAAGCUGGACCAGAGUCGGCCAUUCAACCCAUGGAGGAGACCGGCAUGAGUGAUGAAGUUCUCCAAAAGUUGCAAGACAAAGCCACACUUCUCACAGCAGAGAGGAAAAAGAGAGGUAAAACUGUACCAGAAGGGCUUGCAACAACAGAAGACAUUAAAUCUUUCAAACAGCUGGCAUCUCAUACUGGACUGCACAGUGCCAGCGUUCCUGGAAUUCUGGCUUUGGACAUUUGUUUGAAGGACACCUCCAAAAUUGUUACAGGUGGUAAUGAUAAAAAUGCAGUGGUAUUUAACAAGGACACAGAGCAGGUCAUGGCCAUUCUCAAAGGUCAUACAAAGAAGGUCACAAGUGUUAUUUAUCAUCCAGAAGAUGAACUUGUCUUUACCGCCUCCCCUGAUGCAACAAUCCGUGUCUGGGGGGUAGAGACGGCCCAGUGUGGACAGGUGAUCAGGGCCCAUGACGCCCCUGUUACAGGAAUCAGCCUACAUGCUACAGGAGACUACCUUCUUAGUUCUUCCACAGACAUGCAUUGGGCCUUCUCGGACAUAAGACAAGGACGAGUGUUAACCAAAGUUAGCGAUCCAUCAUCUCAGCAUGCCCUCACAUGUGCCCAGUUUCACCCUGAUGGUCUUAUUUUUGGAACUGGCACUGAGGACUCCAUGAUCAAGAUUUGGGAUUUGAAAGGAAGGCUAAAUGUAGCUAACUUCCCAGGCCACCAAGGACCCAUCACCAGCAUCGCUUUCUCUGAAAAUGGUUACUACUUGGCUACCUCUGCUGAGGAUUCAGUUGUCAAAUUGUGGGAUCUGAGGAAGUUGAAGAACUUUAAGACUCUUCAACUGACAGACAAAUAUGAGGUGAGGUCCCUUUCCUUUGACCAGAGUGGAACUUAUUUGAGUGUGGCUGGAUCAGAUGUCAGGGUGUACCUCUGCAAGCAGUGGCAGGAGUUGAUUUCCUUCAACGACCAUACCGCCAUGGCCACGGGAGUAAGAUUUGGUCACAACGCCACAUUUGUUGCAUCAGCAAGCAUGGAUAGAUCUGUCAAAUUCUUUGGAAUGUCAUGAAUGGAGGAAAAGUUUGUGGGAAUUCAUUCAUGGUAGAAUUAAGCUGAGACAUUUUUAUGAUUUUGUAUUAACCUUGUCCUUCAUGUAUGUAUAUGUGAUGAGGCAUUUGUACAUUCUGUUUUUAAUGUAGAGAAUUAAUCAAUUUGAUGGUAUUGUAACUCAGUGAUACGACCAGAUUGCUGUUUCUUCAUUAAAACAAUAAAAUAUGUCGGAACAAUUUUUUAUAUAAUUGAAUCAGUGUACAUUUAUCAUGAUCUUUGGAGUAAUCUUUACUCACUAAAUUUUAAUUAUAUAGAGCUUUGCAUUUGCUCAUAGGUUUUCAUAUUUUUGAAAAAAAAGUUCUUUCAUACCCACAUUGAAUUUGCCAUUUCCUGUUCAUGUCAUUUUCCAUUCAUCAUUUAUUAAAUCAUUUAAAUCAUAUCAUUUUUAAAGUGGUUCACUUCCGUGUUUUAAUAUUAAAGAUGGUUUUGUCUUGUUUAGUGUAAACAGCAAAAUUGCAGGAAAACUUAAAGCUGUAACAGUGAUUGUAGAAAUUCAUUUAAAAAUCAGUUCAAAUUAAAAUGUGCUUUUUCUGGAAAUAAAAAUAGAACAGAACUGCU